AUGUUGCCGAGAGUGAACAGGCCUGGCAAUAUCUGGCCCGAUGGCGUGCUGAUGGUCUGUCCGUCUGGUGCCAUUUUGGUUGACAAUCUAGAUUCCACAUCCAUCCGUCUGCAUGUGAAUAGACCAGACCAUGUGCAACAUCGACUCAGGUACGCAAUGGUAAAAGCCUAA